CCUCCUCCUGGGCGGCGACCUCUGGGACAGACGCGCAGAAUUCCUGCUCGACGACGACGUCCUCCCUGAGAGCGCCCAGGAAAACAUCCGCUACUAGGAAGGCAGACAAGUCGCCCUGCGCUCCUGAGCGUUCGUCGACGGAGCUUAGGAGGACCUCGGGGAUCAGGAAGAGGGUGUGUCCACCGAGAGACACUCGCAUGAUCGACGUGGGCGCGGGCACCAGCACCAGGUUGUCGUCGUUCAGGGACACCUUCAGGGAACUGCCCGCGGCCAGGACCAUCACGAAGCACUUCGAAUACAUCAUCCCACUGUCUCCUGGUGGGCCAGGUUUGGCCUUAUGGGGGUUGCCUUGUAUAUGAAUGCUGCAAGAAACUGGGCGUGACUCGGAAAUUUCUCUCAUCCACUUCCGGUGCACUCUGAUAAUCAUGGCACCUCUAAGAAGCACUGCGUUGUUGUGGAGCCUCUUGAGAGGUUCUCGGGGCGUGGAGUGGGUCUGUUUCCGGGACCGAAUCGAGCCCCGGCCUUGUGGCCUGCUCCAAGCACUACCUUCCUCUUUCGAGGCCGGGCUGCCACGCCGCUGGCUCAGCUCCGAGGCCGCAGAAUCUGGUAGCCCAGAGACCAAGAAACCUACAUUUAUGGAUGAAGAAGUUCAAAGCAUACUCACGAAAAUGACAGGCUUGAACUUGCAGAAGACUUUUAAGCCAGCUAUUCAAGAACUGAAACCACCAACCUAUAAGCUAAUGACUCAGGCACAGUUGGAAGAGGCUACAAGACAGGCAGUUGAGGCAGCUAAAGUAAAAUUAAAAAUGCCACCAGUUCUGGAAGAGCGAGUACCAAUAAAUGAUGUGUUAGCUGAAGAUAAGAUUUUGGAAGGAACAGAAACAGCCAAAUAUGUGUUUACUGAUAUAUCAUAUAGCAUACCACACCGGGAGCGUUUUAUUGUCGUCAGAGAACCAAGUGGCACACUACGCAAAGCCUCUUGGGAAGAACGGGACCGAAUGAUACAAAUUUAUUUCCCAAAAGAAGGUCGUAAAGUUUUGACACCAGUAAUUUUCAAGGAAGAAAAUAUUACGACUAUGUAUAGCCAGGACAGGCAUGUUGAUGUCCUCAAUUUCUGCUUUGCCCAGUUUGAGCCAGAUUCUGCAGAUUAUAUCAAGGUUCAUCACCUGACCUACGAAGAUAUAGAUAAACAUGGAAAAUACGACCUUUUACGUUCAACAAGAUACUUUGGUGGAAUGGUGUGGUAUUUAGUCAAUAAUAAAAGGAUUGAUGGUUUGCUGAUUGACCAGAUUCAGAGAGAUUUAAUCGAUGAUGCCAUCAGCUUGGUUCGGCUGUAUCACAUACUCCAUCCAGACGGCCAGUCGGCUCAAGAGGCCAAGGAUCAGGCUGCUGAGGGAAUAAAUUUAAUUAAGGUCUUUGCAAAAACAGAAGCACAGAAGGGAGCAUAUAUAGAACUAACACUGCAAACUUAUCAUCAAGAAACACUCAGCCAUUCUGCAGCUUCCUGAAAAUAUUUUUAAAAUACAUUUAUUUUACUAAAUACUGACUACACUUGUCUGUUAAUAUUGAGCUAAAUAUUAAAAACGGUGAGAUUAAAAGGUACCAAUUU